AUGGGGAAACCUGAGCAGAUGGAGGUGCGCAGCCAAGAUGCGAUAACUGGUGAGGGGUCGUCCUGUUCGGCUGCUGAAAUAAAGCCUGAUUCUCACUGCGGCGAAACAGUUGGAUCGCAAGUCCAGCUUCCAGAGGACAUUCUUCAUCGGAUACACGCCCUUAUGCCGAUGCGAGAUGCUGCUCAGGCUGCCUGUGUGUCUCAUGCUUUUCUGCGUUCUUGGAGAUGCUAUCCCAAUCUCAUCAUUUCUGUUGAUUCACUAUGCAUAAAUGAAUAUGGAUCUCGGUAUGAUGAAUUAACAAUGGAUUUUAUCACUAGAGUUGAGCACAUUAUGCAGAAUCACUCUGGCAUGGGAGUGAAGGAAUUUAGACUACAAAGCUACCCUUGUUCCACUAUAGAUCCCAGUUAUCUUGAUCACUGGAUUCAAGUUGCCAUGGCACCUGGGAUUAAAGAGUUUGAACUAUCAUUGUUUGAAAUCGGUGACAUCAAGUACAGUUUUCCAUGUUCUCUUUUAUCUAGUGAGAGGGGAAGCUCCAUUCAGUCUUUGAUGCUUUCUGGGUGUUCUAUUCACUCCACGGCACAAGUUGGUUGCAUGAGUAGCCUGACAAAUUUAGUUUUGUAUUCAGUCGACAUCAGUGGCGAGCAACUAUUACAUUUUCUGUCCAAUUCUUGUGCUUUGGAGAAAAUUUCCCUUUCAAACUGCAAUACUAUAAUUUGCUUGAAGAUACCUUGUCAGCUGCAAAAGCUUAAUAUCCUGAGCGUGCUGGACUGCCAAAUGCUGGAGAUGAUUGACAGCAAUGCCCCAAAUCUCUCAACUUUCUCCUGUACAGGACGCCAAAUACAUAUCUCACUUGGACAUGCAUUUCAAGUGAAGGAAAUAAGAUUUUCCUGUCACUAUUCAUCAAACGCACUUUCUUAUGCUAUUACCAAACUUCCAUUCAUUGCGCCAAAUCUCCAAACUCUAUUUCUGUCAACCAGUGAUGAGAUUUGGCUGCCAACCAUUAGGCACGAUUCGAUUCUCGAAGAUCCUGAUGGUGAUUCCUCGCAACUACAAUGCCUCUCAGAAUGCUACCAUGACAACCUCAAGAAUGUGAUGAUAACAGGGUUUUGCUCCGCAAAGAGCAUGGUCGAGCUCACCAUCCACAUUAUGCAGAAAGCAAGGUCACUAGACUGCCUUACGUUAGACACUACCCGUGGCCAUGACAAGAGGUUUGCCAACAUUGAUAGGUGCUGGCCACUCAAUGAGGAGGCACUUGUAGAGGCUGGAAAGGCUCGUGUUGCCAUUGAGAGAUACAUUGAGGAGAGAGUGCCCCCAUCUGUGAACCUGAAGAUUAUCGAGCCGUGCAGCAAGUGCACAUACAGAUAA